CUUUCGCGUGCUAGAUUUUCGCAUUAAACAUAUUUCAACACAAUUUUCCAUGUCUUCUUUAUACAAAUGAGGUUAUCUAGAUAUCCUUGCACUUUGAGAAGCCUCGGCCAAUCCGCGAUGACAGUCACGACAGUCCCUGCGACGCAUCCCAUUGCAAGACGCGGCCCCAUCGCACAAACAAGCACAGCAGAGUUGCACCAGUCCAGCGGCCUCCAGUACCAACGUCGCGAGGCUCAUAUUCCGAAGGGGUCAAAUGAAGAAGAAAAGCUCUACAUCCUGACACUUCUUACCGACAAGCGACACCAUGAUGAAAUGACUGCACUGCGAAGACAAUGGUUUCCUCCAAAGUUGCUCAAGGUGGACGCUCAUAUCACUCUGUUUCACGCGUUACCUGGUUCCAAGCUAUCAGAAGUCAAGGCAGAUAUUGGGAACAUUGCAGCUCGAACAGCGAGAUUCUCAAUUGGUGUCGGAAAUCAGGACGUUUACGCAAUGGGAAAGGGCGUUGGCAUCAAGCUCUAUGCUGGCCAAAGGAGAGCUUUGAGCAUACGCAGUGAAUUGAGGGACAAAUGGGAGCCUUUUCUCAGCGACCAAGAUAGACGAGAGAAAUGGAGAGGUCAUUACACUGUCAUGAAUAAGCAGGAUGAUAAGGAAGAGGUACAGAAGUGUCUGGACUAUUUAAAGGAGGGACAUGCAGAGAGUAAGGGUACUGUUGAAGGACUGAGUCUGUGGCUGUAUGAUAGAGGUUGGUGGAAGGAAGAUGAGGUAUUUAAAUUCUCAUGAGAAGCAUAAUAAUAGACUUUAGAAUAUAGGAUUGAAUCGAGUUUCGGGCGAAGUCGCAUCUGAAUUGUCAGCGGGUCGGACCCGUGACGGACGCGCGCCGAGACGGUACAACUACGACCACACAAUAACGCGAAAAUUAUCGCAAUUGCUUCUAA